AUGCCUGUGGAGGAAGUCGAGAAGCAACAGGGCCCUAUGAGUGGCGGACUGUUUGGCAAGCUGCACCAAGAGUACUCCGUAGCUGCGGUCAGGAAGAACGUCGAGGACGGGCUGGAGUGGGAUCGGAUGGAAAGCAUGCGAGCAGAGAAUCGGUGUCUGGAUAUCGUGAGAAAUCCGUGGUUCGAGCGCUUGACAAUGACGGCAAUCUUCUUGAAUGCUGUCGAAAUGGCAGUCAAUGCAGAGUUCAAUGACUACACAGUCAUCACUGAUGCCGAUCCGUUUUUCAUUGUGGCGGAGCUUGUUUUCUGUGCCUUCUUCACUACAGAACUUGUGAUCAGUGACUUGCCAGCAGCUCCCGGGGCAGGUAGCCAGUCCAAAGCAAUGCAUCCCGCAAGCAUGGAUGUUGCAUCUUUAACGCUUCAUGUGCAAAGCCUGCGUGAGGAAGUCUCUCAGCCCAGGAUAUGCCACUUACAUAACGACCUGCCAAGCAUUUAA